GGAGCUUUGGGACCGCAGCGUCUGGAGGGCGCAUAGCUGAACCUCCAGAAUGCGAUGCGCACAUACAUUCCUCAGCUAGCCUCAAAAGCUUGCGUCGCUCCCAGCAUCUUGGAGUCACAAGACAGCUGAUCCUGGGCUGUGAGUAUCUCAGAACUCUGCUCCCGGGUGCACAGCGGAGAUUCUCCUGCUGAACUCUGGGAUCUUUGAGGGGAGAAAACCUGUCGGUAUCGCCCCAGCCGCCUUAGGAGCUGUCCAGUGCUGACCACGGAUGCCUCUGGGCCCCAGGGGUGCUCGGACCAGAGCCUGCCGCGCCCCGCAGAGCCUGGGCUAAGCUGCUGGGAGCGCUGACGCAGAGCGCUUGGAAAGCUGGGAGCAGUUGGCUCUGAGCUGGACAUGGAUCUGCAGAGACCCGACUCCUACCAGGGCGGAGCUGGCCCUCAGUUCAACGAGCAUGUCCUACAUAAGACCAUCCUGGUUGGUGACAGUGGCGUUGGGAAGACAUCUUUACUGGUUCAGUUCGACCAGGGAAAAUUCAUCCCCGGCUCCUUCUCAGCCACCGUGGGCAUCGGCUUCACAGUGAUGCUUCUGGGAGACUCGGGUGUCGGCAAAACCUGUUUCCUGAUCCAAUUCAAAGAUGGGGCCUUCUUGUCCGGAACCUUCAUAGCCACCGUCGGCAUAGACUUCAGGAACAAGGUGGUAACAGUGGAUGGUGCCAGGGUGAAGCUUCAGAUCUGGGACACUGCAGGACAGGAGCGCUUCCGCAGUGUGACCCAUGCUUAUUACCGAGAUGCUCAAGCCUUGCUCCUGUUGUAUGACAUCACCAACAGAUCAUCUUUUGACAACAUCAGGGCCUGGCUCACAGAGAUUCAUGAGUAUGCCCAGAGAGAUGUGGUGAUCAUGCUGCUAGGCAACAAGGCGGAUGUAAGCAGUGAAAGGGUGAUCCGUUCAGAGGAUGGAGAGACACUGGCCAGGGAGUAUGGCGUUCCCUUCAUGGAGACCAGCGCCAAGACUGGCAUGAACGUGGAGCUGGCCUUCCUGGCAAUUGCCAAAGAGCUAAAAUACCGUGCAGGAAGACAGCCUGAGGAACCCAGCUUCCAGAUCCGAGACUACGUGGAGUCGCAGAAGAAGCGCCCCAGCUGCUGCUCCUUUGCAUGAGUCCCAGGGGACGAAGAGGAAGCCCAGAGAGACUCUUGGGGAUGCAGUUAUUCCAACUGCCAUACUAACUAGGAGAGAGAUAGGGGUUCAGUGGGCAGCCCCUGCCAGGGAGAGAGCUCUCACCCUAGGGUCUUUAGCUUCCCUGUGUCAUGGGAAAGAUAAAAUAUUCAUAUUUUAUUUUAAUAUAUAUAAACUAAUACCAAGAGAAAAAAAAAGGUACCAGCGUGCCCCCAAACCAAAAUAAGUAGGACUUGGUAGUCCUUUGCUUUCUGGGGCUAAGUUCUAAAAAGGCUGGGUGUCCCUCCUAGCCAGGGUAUUACUGUAUCGGCAUGGUGCCAGGGGAUGCCGCACUGCUAGGGUGUGGCAGCUGGUUGUGAUCUCAUCACCAUCCUCACUAAGGAGGCUAAGGAGACCUCAGCCUUCUCUUCCUCCAGCUCCCCGAGAGAUAGCCCUUCCCAAUAAGAAAGACCUUAGUGCUGGGAGCUAGCCCAAAGCCUCAGGAAAGAUAAACACGGAGACUGGAGUUGGGGAUGUGUGUU